CUAGAUUCAGUGCUCUCUAUCACCACAGAGAUUGCAGCUAAUUAUAGUUAAUUCAUAUAAUAUCCUAUUCAUGUUGAGAAUUUUUAUGUAAAUAAUGUAUAUUAUUCUGUCAUUCGUGCUCUUCGUAUCGUAAUGCAAUUCAGUACCAUCCCCCAAAUUUCUGCCUAGUUUUGAUAGGCUGAACAAUAAAAAAUAAAUAAAAAAUUGGCAAAGGGGAUGGCAUUUAUAAAGUUGUGUUUGAGAAAUGUUGGUUCUGAAUAGAGGGCAGUCAUGAGAGCUCAUAGAGAAUCACACUUGCUCGUAUGUGUUGGUUUGUUUCUGUUCUCUUUCUCUUCCCAUACGUCUUCAACAGGUCCCUUCUCUUGCACAUCCCAGAGACAAUUUAAUCUGAAUGGAAUGCACAAAUUUGGAGAUGUUAUUCUAGGAGGGAUCUUUAAAAUGAACUUUUACACAAAAUCUUCUGAAUUAUAUUUUACUUCAGAGCCAAAAGAUCCAAUCUGUUAUGGCUUUGCUCCUGAAGCGUUCAGACGGGCCCAGACUAUGGCCUUUGCUGUUAAUGAAAUUAACAGAAACCCCAAACUGCUUCCUAAUAUAUCUUUAGGAUACCAUCUUCAUAAUAGCUGUGGCAACCUAGGGAUCUCAUUACGUGCAGCUCUGUCUAUGACCAGUGGCAGAGGAGAGCCGUUUCAAUUAAAUGAGAACUGUAACGGGAAUCCUCCUGUGCUAGGAAUUGUGGGAGAUACUUCCUCAACACGUACAAUCGCUAUUUCUAGCAUAGUAAGCUUGUACAGAGUACCAAUGGUGAGUUAUUUUGCCACAUGCUCCUGUCUGAGUGACAGGAGGCUGUUCCCAUCAUUCUUUAGAACUAUUCCAAGUGAUGCCUUUCAGGUACGAGCUAUCCUCCAAAUUCUGAGGCGGUUUAACUGGACUUGGUUUGGCCUGUUAAUCAGUGAUGACGACUACGGACUACACGCUGCCCGAUCUUUCCAGUCAGGCCUGGCCCAGUCUGGGGGAGGCUGUCUGGCUUAUCUAGAGGUUCUGCCAUGGGGAAGAGAUGAAAACGAGCUCCAGAGGAUCGUUGGCAUAAUGAAGAAAUCCACAUCCCGUGUGGUUAUUGUUUUCUCACCUCAAAGCGACAUGCUUAAACUCAUGCAAGAGGUAGUGAGGCAGAAUGUUACAGGCCUGCAGUGGAUUGCCAGUGAAGCCUGGACUACAGCAAUUGUUCUUCAGACCCCCAGCUACAUGCCUUUUCUUGCAGGCACUCUGGGAAUUGCCAUCCGCCGGGGAGAGAUACCUGGACUGAGGGAAUACCUACUGCAAAUACGCCCUGACAAUGACACACUCAGCAGCCAGGAAAACAAUUUAGUAAAGCAGUUUUGGGAGCACGUAUUUCAGUGCAAGUUUGUAACCCCUGACAUGGAGUUUGAAGGGCAGACUCAAGAAAGACUAUGUACCGGCAAUGAGAGUCUAAGGAAUAUAGAGACUGAAUUCCUUGAUCUGUCUAACCUCAGGUCAGAGUAUAAUGUGUACAAGGCAGUUUAUGCCCUGGCACAUGCCCUACAUGACAUUCUGCAGUGUGUUCCAGGGAGUGGGCCUUUCCAAGGUCAAAGUUGUGCCAGUUUACAGGGACUAGAGCCAUGGCAGCUUGUAUAUCAAUUGCAAAGGGUAAAUUUCACUACAAAUUUUGGUGAUACAGUGUCAUUUGAUGAGAGUGGGGAUGCUUUACCAAUCUACGAUGUGAUAAACUGGAUGUGGCACUCAGAUGGAAGCACAGAAGUAAAAAAUGUGGGCGAGGUUAAUGAAUUGGCUUCAAAAAUCGAUAAUCUUAAUCUUGACGAAGACAAAAUCUUUUGGAAUUUCGAACCUAAAAAGCCUCCCAAGUCAGUGUGUAGUGAGAGCUGUCCCCCUGGCACCCGCAUGGCCAGAAAGAAAGGUGAACCUGUCUGCUGCUUCGACUGCAUUGCUUGUUCAGAAGGUGAAAUAAGCAAUAAAAAAGACUCAACAAAAUGUACCAGAUGUCCAGAGGAGUUUUGGUCCAACCACCAACGUGAUCACUGUGUACCCAAAAGCAUGGAGUUUCUUUCCUAUAUUGAACCCCUGGGCAUCUCCUUGACCACUGCUUCCUUAUCGGGAACGCUUUUAUGCACUAUUGUUUUUGGAAUAUUCACUUAUCAUCGUACAACGCCAGUUGUUAGGGCCAACAACUCAGAGCUUAGCUUCCUCAUUCUGCUGUCACUCAAACUAUGCUUCUUGUGCUCCUUGCUUUUCAUUGGUCACCCAAGGCUGUCAACUUGUCAGUUGAGGCAAGCAGCCUUUGGGAUCAGCUUUGUGCUGUGUGUCUCGUGUAUCCUGGUGAAGACCAUGGUUGUUCUGGCGGUGUUCAAGGCAUCCAAACCAGGAGGUGGUGGUAGUCUGAAGUGGUUUGGGACAAUGCAACAGAGAGGGACUGUUGUAUUUCUGACUUUAAUACAAGCAGCAAUAUGUACAACCUGGCUUAUGUCAUCCUCACCAACUCCUCAUAAAAACACACAGUACUACAAAGACAAGAUAAUAGUUGAGUGUGUAAUUGGGUCAACAGUUGGUUUUGGAGUUUUACUAGGAUAUAUUGGCUUAUUGGCCAUUCUCAGUUUCUUACUUGCUUUCUUGGCCCGGAAUCUACCAGAUAACUUCAAUGAGGCCAAGUUUAUCACCUUCAGCAUGUUGGUCUUCUGUGCUGUUUGGAUAGCAUUCAUCCCAGCUUAUAUCAACUCCCCUGGAAAAUAUGCAGAUGCUGUAGAGGUAUUCGCCAUUCUAGCUUCCAGUUUUGGGCUGUUACUGGCCCUAUUUGGACCAAAGUGUUACAUUAUUAUCCUGAAGCCUGAGAAAAACACAAAAAAAGCUUUAAUGGGACGAGGCACACCAAUGUCAUAAAAUCGUGGUCAUCUGGAAAUCUUUUUGAAAGAGAUUUAGUCUGAGUAGAAUUACUACAUUACCAACUUUCUGUAAUGCCUUCAUUUUA